AUGGUUUCGUGCUUCUCAAUCAAAUGCCUUUUCUUGGCAUUGGUGCUGAAAAAUCACGUAUACGUAGGUUGCACCGAAGAAAUAGAUACCGAUGAACCCCAGGUGGACAUCCCCCAAGGAAAACUGCAGGGUACGACACGGAGGACACGCAAUAAUCGGAGUAUAUCAGCUUUCUUGGGAAUUCCUUAUGCUCAGCCACCGAUUGGGAAUCUUCGAUUCGCAAAUCCAGUGGCAGCUGAUGGUUGGAACGGAACUCGAAACGCUACUGUCGAUUCAAAUAAAUGCCCUCAGAUUUUUCACGGCGAAAUAGUGGGGGAUGAGGAUUGCCUGUAUCUUGACGUGUACACGCCGGAGCUUUCCGAAGAGACAACGUCACGCCUACUUCCGGUGAUGGUGUUCAUUUACGGCGGAGGAUUCAAGGUCGGAAGUGAUUUUUCAUUGGCUUACGGCCCGGAAUACCUCCUCGAUAAAGAUGUGAUCCUCGUUACCUUCAAUUAUCGUCUGGGACCAUUAGGAUAUUUGAGCACCGGUGACAAGGUGGCAUCGGGAAAUUGGGGCGUAAAAGACCAAGUCCUAGCCCUGAAGUGGGUACAGAGUAACGUCAAGUACUUUGGAGGCGAUCCUGAUCAAGUGACGCUGUUUGGACAAAGUGCAGGCGCAGCUUUGGUUCAUCUUCUGACAAUGUCGAAUGCCACGAUUGGGCUCUUCCACAGGUACAUAACGCAAAGUGGAUCGGCCCUUGCAACAUGGGCUUACAGACCGAGUGGCCCCUAUGCUGACCGAGCAUUUGACCUUGGCGAAUAUGUUGGCUGUUCCAAUACAUCAACGGAUUCUCUAAUCAAAUGUUUGCGGACAGUCGAUAUUUCGGACAUUGUGAAUUCAUAUCCGAAAUUCAGUGUGUCGCGAUCAGUCCCAGGAGUUGCGUGGGGCCCAACUGAUGAGCCAAAUAUUGAUGGUGCCGUUCUCACUGAUAGCCCCCAGAAUUUAAUUCUCGCUGGGCUGGCUCACGAUUUGCCUGGGAUUUCAGGUGUUUGUCAAGAUGACGGAAUAGUCGACACUGUAUAUAUGUAUCAAAAUGAGACAUGGCUUGCUGAGAUUUUGGCAAACUUUGACGACAUCAUACCUUCUAUGUUGAAUUGGAACUAUUUACCGGGUUCGGGAGCUGCUUGGAUUGAACCAAUCAAGUCAUACUACUUUAAAGAUUUCAAAGCCGAUAAGAACGUGAUACUUGCAAACCUGACAGCCCUUCUGAGUGACGCUGCCUUUUUUUACCCGCUUUACAACGCAAUCAGACAGCAGUCCGUGAAGACGGUGAACCCACAAUAUCUUUACAACUUCGAUUACCGUGGUACAUUACACUGGUCGUUCGAGUAUGGUGGCACUACGGUGGACUAUGGAGUGACGCACGGUGAUGAUCUAGUAUACCUGUUUCCAAGUUCGGCAACGUUCGAUAUGUAUAACAAAACUCGAAGCGAGAAAGAUUUCAAAAUGGUGGACAUCAUGAUAGAAUUGUGGACGUCUUUCGCUAUCAAGGGGAAACCCAGGACUGAAGCCUUUAGCAACAACAUGGAGUGGGAACCGUUCUCAAUCACGAAGAACAACAGCCUUCGGAUCGGAAAUCAAUCCGAUCUCGCACUCACCGCUGAAUAUUCCUAUUUCAAAGAACGUCUGCAGUUUUGGGAUGACUUGAUAGCGAAUGUGCCGUUAUGAUCAAUGAGCUGCUUUUCUCCGGUCCAGCAAUUUUUCGCAGAAUUUUCGGAAUGCACAUCCAGUAUUUUGCCCCACG